GCAAUGUUCCUGGAUCUAGACUAAUGGCAUAUUAACCCGGCCAUACUGUAAUGGCUGGGCUGUUUGUAGCAACAAUGGCAUCUGACAUUGCGGAGGCCCUCUUUACUUAAAUGAUGACCAUGGCCGCUGGUUCAGUGUUCAUGCAAGCACGCCUCAUUUCAAUUAUUCCACGCGAUGCUAGUCCCAGUUAUUCUUGCUGCGGCCUCUGUUGCUGUUGCAACGCCGCUCUCCAGCAAUGCCGUCGCUGUCAAUGAGAAAGUUCCAGCAGACGCAGGCCCUCCGGUAUUGCAACCUUUCGUGGGCUUCUCGAUCGAAUUCGCUUUUUUCCCGGAUUUUGCAGGCAAUAAAUCUCAGCCAAAUAUAUUCUCCAAGAACCUGUUAGAUAAUAUAGGGAAUAUCCAGGGUGCACAACCGAUUAUUCGCGUAGGAGGAAAUACUCAGGACUAUGCGCUCUAUGAUCCAUUAUUGAAGAGCGCUACGAAUGGAACUAUCGUUCCAAGCAAAUCAACCGAUUAUCCCACAAUAUUGUCUAUCGGACCAUCAUACUUUGAGUCCUAUUCCACGUGGCCAGGAACGAAGUUUAGCCAUGGCUUUAAUCUCGGCAAGAACGGAAGCGAAGGUAUAGACAGCUUGCUCGCGACCGUGCCUUUGGCGUGCAAAGCUUUGCAAGGCGGCAAGUUGGCUUAUUGGGAAUUGGGCAAUGAGCCAGACCUGUACAAAACUUCUGCCCAAGGGCCGGUCAGACCAUCGAAUUGGACGGAGAAAGACUACGUCGAUGAAUGGUUGACUAAGACCAGACUUAUCAAGAGCGCCCUCGAGAAGAGUUGUCCAGAUAUGGUGAACGAUUCAAAAUAUCAGUAUAUCGCGCCAUCUUUUGCUGGGGUCUCAAACAGCUUAAAUCCUGUGACGACUUGGAGGGAGGGGCUCAACACUGACCAUGAUAUCGCUCUGAAUUCGGAACACAAUUAUAUUGGCGGCGCUACUCAACCUGGAGUGACUUUGCAGCACACACUGAUGAACCACACUUCUACUGUCAACAGCGUGGCUCAACAUGUCAAUAUCUCUCGCAUCCUUUCGUCGGAGAAUUUAACUCCAGGCAUUCCAUAUAUUCUCGGGGAAACAAACUCUUUAUACAACGAGGGCGCUCCGGGGUUAUCGAAUGCCUUCGGCGCUGCUCUUUGGGGCGUUGACUUCAACUUAUACUGUGCAUCACAGGGUAUUCGCCGAACGCACAUGCACCAGGGCCUCGAUUACCGUUAUAACGCGUGGCAACCAAUCCAGACAAAUAAGACCACCAUUGGAACAAAAGCUCCGUAUUACGGAAACGUCUUUGUGGCAGAAAUGGUCCGUGGAGGCGACGACGUGCAGAUUGUCAAUCUACCCCUUCACAAAGAGACUGAGGCUGCAUAUGCUGCCUACGUCAAGGAUAGAUUGAAACGCAUCGCUGUUGUUAAUCUGGUGGAGUAUAACUACACUGAUGCGAACCCAACGGCCGAAAGACCGUCCGCCAAAUAUACUUUCCAGAUCCCUUCAACGAAUUGUACAUUAUCGGUGCAGAGACUGUCCGCGAAUGGAAGUAAUGCCGUAACGGGAAUUACAUGGGAUGGUUGGUCAUAUAAUUAUGAGCUGGAUGAAGGAAAGCCUGUCCGGCUGCAUAAUGUUACUGUAGGGGAGACGGUGCCUGUUCAGAAGGGAGGUAUUGUUGAGAUCGAAGUCCCGUAUUCUAGUGCGGUCAUAUUGAAUCUUUGAGAUACAAUAGAUGGAUUUUUAAUCGUGUACCUUGCCAAUCUGCCAGCUCGAUACAAAGACUCCAAAGACUUGACGAAAAUCCUGAAUACGAGUCUUACAUCAUGACUCUUAGAGCUCCGAAUACCCCGCUCCUAAGCUCGGAGGCCUGCGGGGAGCAAUGAACACCAAAAUAUCGCCCGCCUGCCUGAUUCGAUUAAGCGGAGAGUGCUAGUUGCAUCAAGACGGAGAGAAACCGAGGCUGGGCUGGGCUGUUUCUAAGAUAGGGCGUGCUUAUCAGGAACAUUGACGGCCGGAGCCGCCAGCCAGCAUUAAAGUAAUAAAGUAACAACAAUCGAGGACGCAAUUGAAAAUUCUCCUUAUAGAUAUUGUUCAGACAAUGUUUUAUUCG